GUAAGGAAGAAAAAAAAAAGAACGUUUAAAAUUUAGAAGAAAAAAAAAUUGAAGUAGGGUUUUGUGUUUCUGUCUUUGUGAUAGAAUAGUGAGAGUGAAUUCGAAGUUGGUAUUUGGCGGAAAAAAAUUGGAGGAACCGCAAGAGCGAGGCGUGGAAGCUCCCUUUAUGUUCACUCCUCAUCGCCGAUCACAUCUCAGGAGCGGAACUUACCAUAAUCUCGUUCGCCUUAUCUCCCUCUGCUAUGGCGAUUCUCCACUCGCUACUGCCCCUCCCAUUAUUCCUGUUCACCGAACACCGGAUAAUGGUAGUAAACAAGGCGAACCGGGUGGCAAUGAUAUUGGAGAGCCUGGUGAGUCGAUUGUCCAAAAUAGUAGCGAGCCUGCAAAUUUACCGGCUCAGGGAGGAACGGUUGUUGAUGCAGAUUUCAAGGGUGCUGUUUUCAAGGACAGCGGAUUUAGUGAUACACAAAUGGUAAUAGAUGAAAUAGAGCAGAUAAUGCAAAUAGAAGAAAGUCAGAAUUUUGUGAAUGGAAAUGAUCUGAAGGUUUGUAGUAGCACUGAAGGCACUGGUUUUCAAGAUGGAGAGAUUGGUCCAGAACAAAGUCUAAUGAAUGAGUUAGAAAAUAUCAUGAAAGGAAAUGAAGAUUAUGAUAAUAGGAAUAACUGCUUGGCCACAUCAUUGGGCCAGAAUCUAGGUGAUAAUUGUUUGGGUGUAUCAAUGAAUAAUCAAGAAGAGCGUAUUGAACUUCCACUUGUUGUUGCAGAGGAAUCUGGAACAGCUGUUCAGCCACAGGUAUUUAUGGAAGGUGAUAAUCAAAAGAUUAUUGAAGCCUUUGAUUUUUCUUCAGACAAAAGUUUGAUAGUUGAAGUUUCAAAAUCAAGUGAGAAAGCUGAAGACCAAAGUUCCCUGUUGAAGAGUAAUGCAAUGCAUGAGAAAAUUGGAAUUCAGCAAAAAGAGAUGGAAUUGGAGAAGUUUGUUAGCUCUAAUGAUAGAAUGCCUUCUCCUGGUCAAAUGGUUGAAAAUGGAGAGCUUGAAGAGGGAGAAAUUUUUGGUGACAUUCAGCUUGUCAAUGAGUCAGUUGAUAUACUCUUAGAGGAUGCUGUAGUAUCAGAAAAGAAGGGAGAGGAGAAGCAAGUAGAUCCCUUUGACGAUAAAGGUCUUCAUUGUAAUGAAGAAAGCACAGCUAAUAAUAAAGAUUCUGAGAUUACUUCCUUUAAUAUGAAUAUUGCUCAGAUUGCCAAUAGAGUUUCUGAUGUAGAGCUUGAAGGUAGUGAGAGAGAUCACAUGGUGUCUGAACUUGGAAGGAUGCGCAGAAAGAAAGGAACAAAACAAAGUGGAGAUGAAAAUCACAUAAUUAAAUCUAAAAAGAAGAAGGAUGAUGGUGUCUGCAAUAAGAAAAAUCAGGGUUCAAAUCUUGCAGAGAAGAAAGAAAAGAAGAAGCGAAAUAAACGAAAGAAACGAGCAGAAAAAAAUCAACAGCUUGGUGUUAAAAGGUUGAAACUGCAGACAGUUCUGAAACCAAAAGCUGUGACUUAUUGUCGCCAUUAUCUGAAGGGAAGAUGCUAUGAGGGUGAGAAGUGCAAAUACUCACAUGAUACAGUGCCUUUGACAAAAUCCCAGCCGUGUUCUCAUUUUGCACGUCAAUCAUGCAUGAAAGGUGAUGAGUGUCCAUUUGAUCACCAGCUCUCCAAGUAUCACUGUAUCAACUACAUGACCAAAGGCUUCUGCGGCAGGGGUGAUGAUUGUUUGUUUUCACACAAGAUGUCACCUGAGGGAGGUGUUGCAUCAUUAUCAAGUGCUCGUGAACUUCAACUGAAGUCAUCAUUGCAUGGUGAUUCUGAAAUGAGACUGAGUAUCAGCAAAAAUGUUGAUGCCUCGUCCUGUUCUAUCAGAGCUUUUUCUCAGAAAAGCAAGGAACAAAUUGUGGCAGGGACUCCAACUAAAACACCUGAUCUUGCAUGCAAAGGGGUCAACUCUCUUUUUGUUUCAAAAUCAUCUAUGGCUGAAUCAAGUAAACUUAAUCGUGGCAGCUCAUCUCAAAAGAUGAAAGAAAGUGGCGAAGUUGGGAUUCAAAGUAAUCUAAGCACAUCAGGUGUCAAUAGUCCUUGUGCUUCAAAGCCAUCUCUGAAGAUGAACAAAAGUGGCAGACUUGGGAUUCAGGCCAAUCAAAGUGAAUCAGGAACAAUUCAAAAUGUGAAUGAUAGUUCAACGAGAAAAACAGAAGUGGUACCAAGAGGUAUAAAUUUUCUAUCAUUUGGAAAAUCUUCUUUAGAAGAUACCACUAGCAAAGUUAGUUUGGCAUUAAAUAGGGGAGUUGGAUGUAAGCAACAUCCCAGUGAAAACGAAGGCGAUAGAGGUAAACUCAGCAACCAGACAACCCAAAGUACAUCUAGUACAGAUCAAAAGAAAACUCAUCCAGCAGUGGUGCCACUGGGAAUAAAUUUUCUCUCUUUGGGAAAAUCAGGUAACUCUAGAAGUAGUGAAGCUAGCAUGCCUUCCAGUUCAGAUAUUGUUAACAAUGGAUCUCUUCAGAAGAGUAAUUAUGCAUCUGAUAAACGACGUAACUCUAGUGAAAUAUCAUAUAGGUCACCAGUUUCUCCACAAACUUCUGGUCAAUCCUCAGAGUGGUUAUCACAUAAAAACACACCAAAUACAGCUCAGAAGGCUAUCAUUUCUACUCUAGCAUUUGCAAAAAAGUUUGAUGAUGUCAACAGUCAAUCUUUUAAUGAAAGCCAACAUUUGUCUGAUAAACAAUACAGCUCCAAUCCAAUCCCGUGGAAGAUGGCAGCUUAUCCGCUUGCUUUGGGUCAAUCUUCAGAGAAGAUUUCACAUAAAAACACACCAAACUCAGUUCAGAAGGCACUGAUGUCUACUCUAGCAUUUGCAGCAAAGUUUGAGUCUGGAAUGAAGAAAAAUCAGUCUGCUGUCAGUACUGGGGUUAAGAGUGAAACAAGGGAUAGCAGAAACGAUGAAGGUUCAAAAAGUGACUUGGCAGAAACUUCAAAGCUUUUGGAUAUUUUGUCUAGCGUUGGCAGGAAAAUAAAGCAGAUGUGAUCGCUUAUGUUAUAAUGGGUGGUAUGGAUAAAGCAUUUGAAAAAUGGGUUUUGGUUUGGGGGUUGGGGUGGGAUUAUACAUGGUUAUUUUGGUGUGAAUAAGAAUUGAUUAAAUCUAUAAAAUGGGAAGGCUGGUUAGUUGUGUCUGUAUAUCUGCCGUUAUAUAGCAUUCAUUUCAGUUAUUUCCAGUGCCAGUUAAGUAGGUGAAGCAUUUAAUAAGUUUCAUUAGUUUCUGCUGUCAGUUAACAGGGUAGGGGCUAACUGUUGAGCAUAACAAUUCAUGGUAUAGCUGGGUUAUCAUCGCUGCCGCUUUACCAAUUGAUGGAGGUGAAAUACUUCUUUUCCCUUGAAA